CGAAAGUGAAAGAAGGUUGUCGAACAGAAACGAAAAUGUUUUCUCUGUCAAGUUUUGUGGUGUAUUUAGCUGGAAAAAGUCGAUUAAUGCCUCUAAGUAACAGGGCAUUGUUUGUUCCUCAUAAUAGGUCACAUACUAUUCCUAUUCAGUUACUAGGAAUGGUGAGGUCAUUUGUGCCACCUUUGACCUAUGACUUUCACAAAGGAAUGAUGGGAAGAAUUGGAGUUAUUGGGGGUUGUAGAGAGUACACUGGAGCUCCAUACUAUGCUGCUAUAUCGGCCUUAAAAUUAGGAUGUGAUUUGUCUUAUAUAUUCUGUACAGAGGGAGCUGCUACAGCCAUCAAAUCCUACAGCCCUGAACUCAUUGUUCUCCCUUACCUGGACAGCACUACUGCUGGUCAGGAUAUUGGGAGUUGGAUACAGAGACUCCAUGUCCUGGUGAUAGGGCCAGGGCUGGGGAGGGACAAGAAGAUACUAGGAAACACUAAGGACAUAGUGAUUCAAGCUAAAGAACAAGGCCUACCUAUGGUGAUUGAUGCUGAUGGUCUUCACAUGAUUACAGAGGACCCUUCCAUCAUUACUGGGUAUAAAAAGGCCAUUCUUACUCCAAACAAAGUGGAGUUUGAAAGACUGUUUGAAAAAAUAGUUGGACACAAGCCUCAUGGGACAGAUUUGGUGGGAAACGUGAACACCCUCAGUCGUAAAAUGGGGAACCUGACCAUCGUACAGAAGGGGGAGGAUGACAUCAUCUCCGAUGGCGACAAUGCGCUGGUAUGUACCGCUGAAGGAUCACCCCGGAGAUGUGGUGGGCAGGGUGAUCUCCUGUCUGGAGCUCUGGGCACAUUUACCCACUGGGCCCACCGAGCCAUGGAGAACUCUGUAGAAAAUGCUACCUUCACAGCGUAUGGUCCAACUAUUUGUGCUGCAUAUGCUGCCUGUCUAUUGACCAAACAGUGCAAUAGUCAGGCCUUCCAGAUACAUCAGCGCUCCACCACAACUCCAGAUAUGAUCAACCAGAUCCAGAGAGCUUUCGAGUCCCUCUUCAUCUAGUCAUCUUCUUCUUACUGUGU